CCUGAGAGCGCCUUCAAAAACCUUAACAUCUAGCAUUUCAAUACAAGCAUUUUAUGCAAUAUGAGAAACGUUUAACCCACGUGACCAGUUUCAAAGUAGGCCAGCCCCACAGGAAAACCACAGACUUGCGCAGCAGUCUCUUAAAGGAUGUACUAGUGCCAUGUGACGAGUCGUAAAGGCUAGAAACCAUUCUGCACGCGCUUCGUUACUGGUGCUCACGACCCUUGUACUAGUACAUUUUUAAUUAAUUGUUAGUUAAUCCUUUUAUAAAUGCAUUAGGUUUUUUUUUGUUUGUUUUUUUUUAUAUAAAGUCUCUCGUUUUAAUUUAGGCUGUUGUUUUAUGAUGCAAAAUCGAAAGCAUUCUUUCCAACGGAAGUUAGGCAGGGUCAUAGUGAGCAGCUGACUGUAUACAAAAACCCAAUGUUUAGCUGCAGUAUGUCAGAGGAGCGAGGAAAAGACUCUCCGUCUGAGAUGGGUCUCUCUGACAAACAGAGCUCUGUGUCUGGUGGCAUGCCAAACUCCAGUGAGAAAAAAACGUCACCUACCAAAAGUGUCGGAUCAGGCUCACUUGUAUCCAGCUCUGUGUCUGUGAAGAGUGACCAUUCAAGACGUGAACCACUGGACUUCAGUGACAAAAAAACACCAUCUCCCGGAAGUGUCAGAUCAGGCUCACUUGUAUCCAGCUCUGUGUCUGUGAAGAGUGACCAUUCAAGACGUGAACCACUGAACUUCAGUGACAAAAAAACACCAUAUGCCGGAAGAACAUUAGAUUCAGACUUCCAGACUCACAGGAACCAUAAGAAUUUCAAAGACAAUCUCUUAGGUAUCUUCCAGGAGCUUGAGAGCAAAAUAAUCAAUUUCCUGAAGAACGAGCUUGAAAAGUUUAGGAAAAUAUUACAAAAAGACAACACACAAGGGACAGACUUUGUGAAGGACUUUAAUGAGAAUAAAUGUAGUAUCAAAGAAGCAGCUCUUGAUCUCACACUCUACUUCCUGAGGGAAAUGAAGCAAGAUUAUGCUGCUGACACUCUAGAAGAUGAUCUCAUUUUCAUUCAUCAGCUAAAAUGUAGCCUAAAGAAGAAGUAUCAAUGCGUGUUUGAAGGAAUUGCAAAGCAAGGAGACUCUACACUUCUAAAAAACAUCUACACAGAUCUCUAUAUCACUCAGGGUUGUAGAGAACAGGUCAAUAUUGAACAUGAGGUAAGACAGAUUGAAGUUACUUCCAGGCGUCAUGAAUCACAAGAGAUACCAGUUGAAUGCACAAAGAUGUUUGAAGCACCUGAACAAGACAAGCAGAUCAGAACUGUACUGACAAAAGGAGUUGCUGGCAUCGGAAAAUCAGUCUCUGUGCAGAAGUUUAUUCUGGAUUGGGCUGAAGGAAAAGAAAAUCAAGAUAUCAGUUUUAUGUUUCCUCUUCCAUUCAGAGAGAUGAACCUAAAGGAGAAAGAAAAACUAAGUUUAAUGGACCUUAUAACUCAGUUUUUUCCUGAGACAAAAGGACUUAACCUUACAAGAAGAAAUAAAUUUAAAGUCCUUUUCAUCCUUGAUGGACUGGACGAAUGUCGUCUUCCUCUAAACUUUGGUGGUAAUGUGACAUGGGUUGAUAUAUUAUCACCAUCCUCUCUGGAUGUUCUCCUGACGAACCUUGUCAAGGGCAAUCUGCUUCCUUCUGCUCUCAUCUGGAUCACCACCAGACCAGCAGCUGCCAGUAAGAUUCCUCUUGACUGUAUCGACCGGCUGACAGAGAUACGAGGAUUCAGUGAUAUACAAAAGGUGGAGUACUUCAAAAAAAGAUUCACAGAUGAGAAUCAGGCCAAAGAAAUUAUUGAUCAUGUUAAAAAAUCCAAGAGUCUAUUUAUCAUGUGCCACAUCCCAGUCUUCUGCUGGAUUUCAGCGACUGUUUUUCAGAACAUUUUAGAGGAGAAAAGAUCAAAUGAUCUGACAAACAAUGAGGCUUGUGACUCCUCCAAAACACUGCAGGAAUCAAACAUUGAAGACACUCCCAAAACUCUGACACAAAUGUACACACACUUUCUCCGCUUUCAGAUCCAGCAGAGCAGACAAAAGUAUGAUGAAGAAUACACAUCAGAUGUUUCCUGGGAUAAAGAUGCCGUCCUUUUAUUGGGGAAACUGGCAUUUCAACAGCUGGAAAAAAACAACCUGAUCUUCUAUGACACAGAUCUGGAAGCCUGUGGUAUUGAUGCCUCUAAAGCAUCAGUGUAUUCAGGCAUGUGUACCCAGAUCUUUAAGGAGGAAAGGGGAAUCAUUGUUGAUACCAUGUACUGUUUUGUUCACUUGAGCAUUCAAGAGUUUGUCGCAGCCCUUUAUGCACAUCUGUUUCUAGACAAAAACAACACAAGUGUAUUUGCUCAAGACUCUACAGAACAGGAAAACAAAAAUGAAGCCAUGAUUGAUUUGCUCAAGACUGCAGUGGACAAGGCACUUGAGAGUGAUACUGGACAUCUGGACCUUUUCCUUCGUUUCCUUCUCGCUCUGUCACUCCAGUCCAAUCGACGACUCUUACGAGGACUGUUGACACAACAAGACUGCAAUGACCAAGACUACAAGGAAAUAGUUCAGUACAUCAAGCAGAAAUUAGAAGAUAAUCUGUCUCCAGAGAGAUCCAUUAAUCUGUUUUACUGUCUGAAUGAACUGAACGACCAAACUCUGGUGAAAGAAAUUCAGAACCAUCUUAGCAAAGGAAGUCUCUCAUCUGGUGACCUUUCUCCUGCUCAGUGGUCUGCUUUGGCUUUUGUGUUGUUGACAUCAGAGGAGGAGCUGGAGGAGUUUGAACUUCAGAAAUUCAAGAAAUCAGAUGAGUGUCUCAUUAGACUAUCAUCAGUCAUCAGAACCUCCAAAAGAGCUCUACUAAAUGAUUGUAACUUAACAGACAAAAGCUGUCCAGCUCUUGCUACACUUCUUGGAUCAGAUACCAGUCUGAAAGAGCUGAACAUAAACAAUAAUAAUCUGCAGGAUUCAGGAGUGAAGGAAAUCUGUAGUGGACUGAAGACGUUAAAGUGUGAAUUGGAGAUACUGAGACUUUCAAACUGCAGUAUCACUGAAGAAGGUUAUACAGCUCUGGCUUCAGCUCUGAAAUCAAACCCUUCACACCUGAUAGAGCUGGAUCUCACAAGAAAUAAUCCUGGACAAUCAGGAGUGAAGCAGCUCACUAAUGUGCUACAGAAUGGAUACUGUAAAUUAAAGAUACUCAGGCUUAAUUAUUGUAAUUUAACAGACCAAAGCUGCUCAGUUCUGGCUAAUCUUCUUGGAUCAGAAACCAACCUGAAAGAGCUGAACAUGAACAAUAAUAAUCUGCAGGAUUCAGGGGUGACUUAUCUCUGUACUGGACUGAAGAAUAAGAAGUGCAAAUUAGAGAUACUGAGGCUCAGUAAGUGUUAUCUAACAGAGAAAAGCUGUUCAGAUCUUGCUUCAGUUCUCAAUUCAGACUCCAGCAGUCUGAAGGAUCUAGACCUGAGCAACAACAAUCUGCAUGAUUCAGGAGUGAAGCUGCUCUCUGAUGGACUGAAAGAGAAAUGUAAACUAGAGAAACUCAGAUUUUCAAACUGCAGUAUCACUGAAGAAGGCUAUAAAGCUCUGGCUUCAGCUCUGAGAUCAAACCCUACACACCUGAUAGAGCUGGAUCUCACAGGAAAUGAUCCUGGACUAUCAGGAGUGAAGGAGCUUAUUGAUUUACUACAGGAUGGACACUGUAACUCAAAGACCAUCAGGUUUCUGAAAUGUCCUGGUGCACAGGAAGUGUGUGAGUAUCUCACUGAAGUUCUGGGUGAAAGUCCAUUAUUACUGAACGAACUGGAUCUGAGUGGAGAUAUAUUAGAAGAUCUGGAUGGGGAGAAGCUUUCUGGUCUUUUGAUGGACUCGCAUAGCAAGGUGGAAACAAUUAAUGUGAAUAAUUGUGAACUGACAGAGAAAAGCUGUUCAGUUCUAGCUACUGUUCUCUCCUCCAAAACCAUCCUGGAAGAGAUGAACCUGAACAACAGCCUUCUGCUGGACUCAGGAGUCAAAGAGAUCUGUGAGGGACUGAAGAAUCCUGUUUGUGAGCUGAAGAUACUCAAACUUUCAAACUGCAGUAUCAAUGAAGAAGGUUAUAAAGCUCUGGCUUCAGCUCUGAGAUCAAACCCUUCACACCUGAUAGAGCUGGAUCUCACAAGAAAUAAUCCUGGACAAUCAGGAGUGAAGGAGCUCAUUGAUUUACUACAGGAUGGACACUGUACAUUAAAGACCAUCAGGUUUUUGAAAAGUCCUGCUGCCCAGGAAGCAUGUGAUCAUCUCACUGAAGUUCUGGGUAAAAAUCCAUUAUUAUUGAAAGAACUGGAUCUGAGUGAAAAUAAAUUAGGAAAGCCAUAUUGGGAAGAGCUCUCUGCUCUUUUGAUGGACUCUCAUAGCAAAGUGGAGAAAAUUAUACUGAAUAAUUGUAAGCUGAAAGAGAAAAGCUGUUCAGCUCUAGCUUCUGUUCUCUCCUCCAAAACCAUCCUGAAAGAGGUGAACCUGAACAACAGCCAUCUACCGGACUCGGGAGUCAAAGAGAUCUGUGAGGGACUGAAGAAUCCUGUGUGUGAACUGAAGAUACUCAAACUUUCAGACUGCAGUAUCAAUGAAGAAGGUUAUAAAGCUCUGGCUUCAGCUCUGAGAUCAAACCCUUCCCACCUGAUAGAGCUGGAUCUCACAGGAAAUGAUCCUGGACAAUCAGGAGUGAAGGACCUCAUUGAUUUACUACAUGAUCCAAACUGUCAACUGAAGACACUGAGGUUGUUACAGAAUCCUUCUGCAGUUGAAGCCUGUCAGUAUGUGACUGAAGUUGUGGGGGAAAACCCGUUACUCCUGAGAGAACUGAAUCUGAGUAAACAUGAACUAAGAGAUGAACAAGUGAAUCAGAUUGCUGCUCUACUGCAGGAUAAACACUGUAAACUCGAGAAGCUGAUGAUGCAUGAUUGUGGUAUAACAGAGAAAAACUGUUCAGCUCUCGCUUCAGUCCUGAGAUCAAACACCAGUCUGAAAGAGCUGGACAUUAGCAAAAAUAAUCUGCAAGAUUCAGGAGUGAAGAAACUCCAGAAUGGGUUAGAAAAUACAAACUGCACACUGAAGAAACUCAGGCUUUCAGGCUGCUGUAUCACUGAAGAAGGUUAUAAAGCUCUAGCUUCAGCUCUGAGUUCAAACCCUUCACACCUGAUAGAGCUGGAUCUCACAGGAAAUGAUCCUGGACAAUCAGGAGUGAAGGAGCUCAAUGAUUUACUACAGGAUCCAAACUGUCAAUUGAAGACACUAAGGUUUUUGGGUCCUGCUGCAGAUGAAGCCUGUCAGUAUGUGACAGGAAUUGUGGAUAAAAGCCCGUUACUCCUGAGCGAGCUGAAUCUGAGUGAAUGUGAACUAGGAGACACACGAGUGAAUCAGAUCGCUGCUCUACUACAUGAUAAACACUGUAAACUCAAGAAGCUGACGCUGAAUAAUAACAGGAUCUCAGCAGAAGGUUUUGCUACUCUGACUUCAGCAUUGAAUUCAAAUCCUUCAAACUUGAUAGAGCUGGAUCUGAGUGGGAAUAAAGUAGGAAACUCUGGAAUUCAGAAGAUCUGUCCUCUGUUGAAAAAUCCUCAGUGCAGAUUGAAGACACUGAAACUUUCAAGCUGCAGUAUCACAGAAGAAGGGUAUAAAGCUCUGGCUGUAGCUCUGAGAUCAAACACUUCCCACCUGAUAGAGCUGGAUCUCACAGGAAAUGAUCCUGGACAUUCAGGAGUGAAGGAGCUCACUGAUUUACUACAGGAAGGAUGCUGUACAUUUAAGACCAUCAGGUAUUUGAAAAGUCCUGCUGCAGAGGAAAUGUGCCAGUAUUUUACUGAAGUUCUGGGUAAAAGUCCAUUAUUACUGAAAGAACUGGAUCUGAGUGAAGAUAAAUUAGAAGAUCUGGAUUGGGAGAAGCUCUCUGCUCUUUUAAUAGACUCUCAUAGCAAAGUGGAGAAAAUUUUGCUGAAUAAUUGUAAGCUGACACAGAAAAGUUGUUCAGUUCUAGCUACUGUUCUCUCCUCCAAAACCAUCCUGAAAGAGAUGAGCCUGAACAACAGCCUUCUGCUGGACUCAGGAGUCAAAGAGAUCUGUGAGGGACUGAAGAAUCCUGUUUGUGAGCUGAAGAUACUCAAACUCUCAGAUUGCUGUAUCACUGAAGAAGGUUAUAAAGCUCUGGCUUCAGCUCUGAGAUCAAACCCUUCACACCUGAUAGAGCUGGAUCUCACAGGAAAUGAUCCUGGACAAUCAGGAGUGAAGGAGCUCACUGAUUUACAACAGGAUCCAAAUUGUCAACUGAAGACACUGAGGUUUUUGAGAAGUUCUGCUGCAGAUGAAGCCUGUCAGUAUGUGACUGGAAUUGUGGGUAAAAACCCACUACUCCUGAGAGAACUGAAUCUGAGUGAAUGUGAACUAGGAGACAUGCGAGUGAAUCAGAUCGCUGCUUUACUGCAGGAUAAACACUGUACACUCAACACUCUGACGCUGUGUGAAUGCAGUAUUACAGAGAAACAGUGCCUCAUCCUGACUUCAGCUCUAAAAUCAAACCCAUCACACCUGAGAGAACUGAACCUCAGUGGAAAUAAAAUAAAGAACACAGGAGUGAUGCACAUAUGUGAUCUCCUGAAUGAUUUCCACUGUAAACUGAAGAGACUAAGGUUAAGAUACUGUGAUAUGACAGUUGAAGGUUGUUCUGCUGUGACUUCAGCUCUGAAAUCAAACCCAUCACACCUGAGGGAGCUGGACCUAAGCGGGAAUAACCUAAAAAACACAAGACAAAAAACACAAUUGUAUGAUGUACUGAAGGAUUCACACUGUAAAAUGAAGCAAAUGAGGUUCACAAGCUGUGACAUGAAAGAUGAAGAUUGUUCUGUUCUGACUUCAGCUCUGAAAUCAAACCCAUCGUACCUGAGAGAGCUGAACUUAAGUGGGAAUGUAUUAGGAAAAUUAGGAGUAACAAACCUCAAAGAUGUACUGAUGAACCCGCAAUGCAAGCUGGAGAAACUAGAUCUGUGCGAUUGCAGUAUUACAGAGAAACUGUGUCAAAUCCUGACUUCAGCUCUGAAAUCAAACCCAUCACACCUGAGAGAGCUGAACCUCAGUGGGAAUCAACUAGGAGACUCUGUUAUUGAAAACCUUGGGCUUCUAUUAGGAAGUUCACAAUGCAAGCUGGAAAAACUACAUCUGUGUGGAUGCAAAAUUACAGAGAAACACUGUAACAUCCUGACUCCAUCCCUGUGUUUAAACCUUUCACACCUGAGAGAGCUGGACCUCAGUCAGAAUAAAAUAGAAAACAAAGGACUGAAGAUCUUGUGUGAAAUACUGAAUAAUUCACGGUGUCAGUUGAAGAGAUUGAGUCUAAAUGACUGUGGCAUUACAGAUGUUGCACAUUUAACUCAGUCUUUGGCCAAGACUAAAGCACUGACAUUCUUAAAAGAACUUGAUUUGAGUAACAAUACCAUAAGAUACUCGAAAAAUCAGCUCAUUGAUUUACUACAAGACUCAAACUGUAAUCUGAGCCUGGAGAAAGAACAUUGGCUCAGCUGGAGCGCUGGUGCAAAUAUCAUUAGUAGUAUUGGUGGAUGGUUAACUCGUUCAAAAGUUCAAGAGAAACCUUUGAAAUCAACAGAACAAGAAAACUCACUAUCAGAUGAGGAAUCCUCUGAAGGUUUUCACUAUAGUACUGUUAUAAAUGCAGCUCAAGAGGAACCUGUGAAAUCAACGGAACAAGAAACAUCACCGUCAGAUGAGGAAUCCUCUGAAGGUUUCCACUAUAGUACUGUUAUAAAUGCAGCUCAAGAGGAACCUGUGAAAUCAACAGAACAAGAAACAUCACCGUCAGAUGAGGAAUCCUCAGAAGGUGAAACAGAGAAGGGAGACGAGGCUAGUGAGUGCUCAAAUGUGGUGAAUUGGCUGGAUAUAAGUCCAUAGGAUAAAGCCUUCAUCAUAACGAUGCUUGGAUUAAUCUCAUCCAUAAUGAAACAAUUAAAAUAUUGCUAAUAAUGACUGUGACUGUAAUUUAGCACUUCAAUAUAUCAAAUGAUAUAAACUGAAAAUGUUAAGUGAAAAUAUUGUGGGCUACAUGUGCAGAGAUUCAAAUCAGUAGUAUACACUGAAAAAAGGUCCUUUGAAUUUACUUAAUUUUAUUGUGUACAUCAGCCCCACAUGAUCAGAAUGUGGUCAACUGACAUACAGUAAUUGUGUUCUUUUUCUCAGCUUGAUUUCUUAAUGAUAGUAUUAAAGUAUUAAGCAACCUAACUUGCUUUAAGUAAACUCCAUCCAAAUGUAGUGUAGACAUGUUCACAUGUGUGUGAUUGUAAUUACAAAAUAUUAAAUGAUGACAAUGUGCAAAAAGCUUAAUAUGAACAGAUCUAAACAAAGCAAUGUCAUAAUGCUGUUGAUUAAGCUUAACUUGUACUGAAUAUUCCUUUAAUAAAACAACAGGACAAAUGAUCUCUACUCACCAUA